AUGCCCUUACCAGAAUUUGACUUCAACAGUACAACUGAGUACCGCGGAUACCUAGUGCGAAAUCUAAACAUAUGUUUGAUCAUCAUAUCGACACUAGUCGUGUUCUCUCGCCUCUAUGUGAGGUUAUUCAUGACGAAAGGACUUGGUCUGGACGAUGUUGCCACAGCGAUCGCGUAUUUGUUGCUAGUGGUCUUCUCGGGCUUUGAAAUACAAACGGUCGAAUUUGGAGCUGGUGCUCAUAUGGACGAGAUUCCAGAGGCUUUCAUAUUCCCCUUCUUUGCAGCUCUUACGAGGCAGCACCUACUGUAUUUCUGGGGGAUUGGCUUGAUGAGGUUGGCGAUUGUCGCCUUCCUUCUGCGUUUAUCCAAAGAUAGGCUCUUCAGGGUCUGUACCUACACGGCGGGAGGAGUCAUCAUAGCUCAGACUGUUUCCUGCUUUCUAUUCCGCCUUCUGGAAUGCCAUAAACUCAGUAAUCUCUUCCUUCCACCGGGCAGCAGCGAUGACUGCGUAUCCAAGAGAUCCGAAAUUUAUAUGAUGUGGGCACACUCCAGCAUCGGUAUUGUCGUUGACGUGGCGCUGUUUUGUCUGCCAAUCUGGGUGGUGCGCAGCAACAUGAUGAGCACGGCAAAAGCAGUCCGAGUCGCGCUCAUCUUUUGCGUGGGCAUAUUUGCCGUCAUCACCGGUAUUAUUCGCCUGAGCAUUAUAGUCCGUACCGACUUUAGCGUCGACACCACCUACAAGAUGGCGACCGUUGGCUUUUGGACUGAUCUCGAAUGCCAUGUCGGACUCUGGUGUGCCUGUUUCCCAGCUCUGCAGCCACUUGUCCGCCAGAUCAGCUACAUGUGCGGCUUCAGGAGCAAGCUAUACAGCUCGAAUAAGUACGAAGCAAGAAACGACACAUCUUCCGGGCCUCCUGUUUCGGGGCGACGCAGUUCGGCCUUUCGUAACAGAUCGAUGAAUCGCUACAUGCGUCAUGGUAGUGGCUUCGAUGGGGUUUCGGAUAACCAUUCCGACUCGAAUAGUCAAGCAGGAAUCUUUUCGACACCACAGAAUGACAUGGGUCUGGAGUUGGAAGAGCUGGACGAUCUGAAAGGAAACAUGGUCAGAUCAGAGAAAGAGGUCAAAAUCGAUCAAGGAAGUCGUGAGGGCAACUCAAAAGCUGUUGAUAAAGAGUUUUCCGCUGGUUAA